AUGCCGCUCGAGGCAACGAUGAUGAUAAUCGACAACUCAGAAUACAUGCGUAAUGGAGACUAUAUCCCAUCCCGCUUUCGAGGCCCAACCAAGAUUGAUUCAAAUCCAGAGAACACUGUUGGCGUCAUGACAAUGGCUAGCAAAGGGCCCGAGGUUCUCGUGACCCAUUCGAAAGACAUUGGACAGAUAAUCAAGGCCUUGCAUGUAACAUCAUCGAAAAUUGGCGGGUCAAUAGAUAUUCCUACUGCCAUUAACAUUGCCCAGCUUGCCCUCAAACAUCGAGAGAACAAGAAUCUGCGCCAAAGGAUAAUAGUCUUUGUCGGAUCUCCGUUACAAGGACAGGGAGCGGAUGAGCGGGAAAUGGUGAAGCUCGCAAAGAGAUUGAAGAAGAACAAUGUUGCUGUUGACUUUAUUGCAUUUGGGGACGGCGUAGAGGAGGAAACCAAUGUCCUCAAGGCUUUCGUAGACAAUACAACGAAUAGCGAUAACUCACAUCUGGUGUCUGUACCACCUGGCACACAUCUAUUAUCAGAUGUUAUCAUUUCUUCCUCAAUUCUGUCGGAAGACCGGGGCAUACCACCAGAAGCGAUGGGAGACGUCGGUGGUGCAUCGGGUUCUGGUGGUGCCAACUUUGAAUUUGGUGUUGACCCGAGUUUGGACCCUGAGCUUGCGUUGGCCCUUCGCAUGUCUAUGGAAGAAGAACAAGCUCGCCAGGCAGCGGAAGAGCAAACACGUCAAUCGGCUACCGAUGCCACGCCUCAAGCGGAAUCAGCAGGGGCAGACAAGGAUGAAGAAGCCAUGCUUGCUCAAGCUCUCGCCAUGUCCGAACGCAAUGAUGUUGACAUGGGUGAGGAGCAAGACGAAGAUAUGGAUGAGGAAGAGGCAAUUGCUCGGGCGAUUCAGAUGAGUAUGAAGCAAGAGGAAAAAGAACAGGGAGGACAGUAGUACCAAGCUUACAUAUUCUUACUUGUAUUUUCCUCCGAGUUGCACUCCGAUUUCUCGAACGGCUGUUAGUUUG